UCAGGAGGGGCGGCCGGGCCACGGCCACGGCGAUGGCGGCGCAGCCUGCCCUCCGCAUCCCGCAUCCCGUAUCCCGUGCACCGUGCCCGCCGCACCCCCCCUGCGCACCCUACCCGCCGCAUCCCGCCCUCCCGGCGCGGCCCCGGCGCAGCUCUCCGCGGUACCCCCGCCUCCCCGGCCCUCCUCCGCCCCCGGGGCUCACCUAAAGCCAGCGCCCAGCGCCCAGCCCGCCUUCCCCACUGACCGCGGCGGCCGCCUCUCUCCGCCCCGCUGCUGCGCUGGGCGGGGCGCGGCCGGGGCGCGCAGUGACAGCGCCGGGCGGUGUGUGCGCCUAGGGCAUCCUCCUCGGCGGGUGCUCCUGGGCGGGGAGCCGGGCCCCCCGCGCCCCCCGGGCCCGCUCCGGCCGUCGCGAUGAAGCCGUGCGAGGAGGAGGAGGAGGAAGGGCGGGCGGCAGCGGCGGGCGGCGGCGGCGGGGACCCCUGGAAGGAGUGCGCGGAGGUGGCGGUGCAGCUGGCGCGCCGCGCCGGGCAGAUUAUUAGGAAAGCUCUAACAGAGGAAAAACAAGUGUCCACAAAGACAUCUGCAGCCGAUCUCGUGACAGAAACUGAUCAUUUUGUGGAAAAUUUAAUUAUUUCUGUUCUGAAAGAGAAAUUUCCUUCCCACAGGUUCAUUGCAGAAGAAUCCACUGCUGCAGGUUCAAAAUGUGUCCUCACUGACAGUCCCACCUGGAUUAUUGACCCUGUUGAUGGAACGUGCAACUUUGUGCACAGAUUUCCAACAGUGGCAGUGAGCAUUGGAUUUGCUGUUAACAAAGAGCUUGAAUUUGGUGUAAUUUACCACUGCACUGAAGAACGAUUAUACACUGGUAGAAGAGGUCAAGGGGCAUUUUGUAAUGACAAAAGGCUUCAGGUAUCAAAAGAGACAGAUAUCUCGAAGGCCUUAAUCUUAACAGAAAUUGGUCCAAAGCGUGACCCUGCAACUUUGAAGUUGUUCCUUGGUAACAUUGAGAGACUGCUCAAGGCCCAAGCACAUGGGGUCCGUGUCAUCGGGAGCUCCACACUGGCCCUGUGCCACUUGGCGUCCGGUGCUGCAGACGCCUACUACCAGUUUGGCUUGCACUGCUGGGACCUGGCAGCAGCCACUGUCAUCAUCAGAGAGGCAGGUGGCACUGUGAUAGACACUUCAGGGGGACCUCUGGACCUUAUGUCCUGCCGAGUGAUUGCUGCAGGCACGAGAGAGAUGGCCAUGUUCAUAGCUCAGGAAAUACAAACCAUUCACUACCGGCGCGACGACGAGAAUUAAACGCUCCUUGGGCGGAGCUCGCCCUCUGAACCACGUAAUGUUUGCUGGAUGGGUGUCCUGAAAGGGUAUGUGACUUCAGCAGGAUGGUUCCUGGGGAGAUUUUCUGUGUCAAAUGUUUUUUAUAAAUUUAUUACCACGUGGGAAGGCAUAGGGAGAUUUUUAGACCUCCUAAGAAUCGUGUUUCCUUUUUAAUAUGUAUCUGUUUCAGCAGUAUCUUUUUUAUAAGAUAGAAUAUUUUACUUGUAGCAAAUUAGUCUCAAAAUUAAGUUGUAAUUUCAUAUCUGUGGGGCUGAUAUUUAAUCUUUUGUAACACGCAGCUAAAAAAUGGAACUUUAUUUUUACAGAUGCAGAUCUCAGGUAAAUGAGCUUUAGGACUGUAGUAAGGGAGGAGUAGUUGAGAUGUGUGCCUAUAAUAAUCCCCCUGUUCCACGAUGCUUAAGAAUGCAAUAAAAAUGGCAUUGUUAUUUCCUAACGAGGUCAUAGCUCUGUAUCCAUAUAUGUACAUGUCUGUGUGUCUGUGUGUGUGUACAUAUGUGUGUAUAUGCACCUACACGUGUCCAUGCAUGUAUACACACACAUCCCCAGGGGUGUAUGUGUAUAUAUAUGGAUACCCUGGAUGUUUACAGAAACUUAGAGAAUGCAUAGAGAGAAGAAAGCUAAUAUUGGAAGCUCUUUUCAGAUAAUGUUUUUUUUUAGGUUGCUUAGGUGGUUCAAUUCAGGGCUAUCCAAAUGGCAAAUCGCAGAGCUGACCAUGAAAAAUGUUUAAUUGUUUUACAAACUGCCCAGCUAGUUUUGUUUCCCUUCGUCCCUCUGCAUGGGCAUAAAUCAUACUGUCCUGUAGGCCUCUGUAAGAUACUCAAACCUGCAAACAAUUACUACCAUAGAGUACUUAUAGUUAAAACCAAGAAUAUUGAACUCAAGCUGAGUUAUUCACAGUAUUAACUAUGACAUCCAGCAGUAGGAGGCCAGCAGAAUAGAGCACAGUGUCAAAGAGCUGUUGAUUUUUGAGAAACUUCAAGCAGAACAGCAGGAUUUGGCCCCUUACAGGCAAGUUAUUAAAAAUAUGCACAUAAGAUAUGCUUGCAAAAAGUUGUAAAUCACAUGCCCUUCUUGCACAAUGUUGUAAUCACACUUUUUGAUCAGAAAAGCCUGUAAAAUCAGUUACAUAGAUUUCCUAAAUACACAGUUAUUCUUUAUCCCUGUAUCUAGCCCAUAAUUUCUAUUUAGAUUGUGUUUUAAAUCGUGAGCACAGGGGAAACACAAGUGUGUUGAAAAAAGCAGUUGAUAUGAAAUCACUUCUAUUUUUUCAUCAAAAAUUUAAUUAAAAGGUAUCUCUUUUUUGCAAGAGUGCAAAUUGAAUAAAGGAAUGAGCCAAAAGAGUUGGUUAAAAAUCUAACUUUUUUUUGUACACUGCAUGUGUAGACUUUUUAAACGUGUUCAGAUAUCUGCUUAGACGAUACAAACUAAACAAUAUUUUUUAAAAAUAACCUUGUGUGUGUUUCUUGCGAUGAAAAAUGUUUUUCACUGAAUAUAACAUGAAGUUCUGUGUGAUUUCUUGGUAUUUUUUUCAUGAGAAAUACAAAAUAUUGACUGUGUGAAGGACAUCUAACUCCAACUAAGGAUUUAAAAACUGAUGGUUCUUUGCAGAAAAUCAACACUUUCCAUCACAAUGAUGAACGUUUUGUCACUGCUCCCUUUUACCCCCUCCAUCUCUUUGUACCCGUGUUUGGAAAAGGAGAUUGUAAGCCCUCUGGGGCAGGGACUACAGUAGUUUGGCUCUGGGUUUUCACAGUGCUAAUAGGAUGAGAUUCUGGUCCACAACUAGGCACUGAGGUGCUAUAAUAAUACAAAUAAUAAAUGC